GCAAAAGAUAGAGUUCCGCAACACAUACAUACAAUACAAACAAUACACACCCUACAUAACACAAAAUCAUACGCAAAAAUGAGUUCCUCUGUUCAACUGAAGAACACCUCUGGAGGUUAUAAGCCUGUCGACCCAAACGAUCCAAAGAUCCAAGAGGUCGCUGCUUGGGCUAUUGCUGAGCAUAACAAGCAAAAGGGGACAGACCUGGUGUAUAAGAGGACUUUAAAAGCAGCACGAGAAGACAUGAUUGGUAGCACGAGGUACUUUAUUGAUCUGGAGGCAUCUGAAGGUUGCAAGACUAACAAGUAUUAUGCGCAAGUUCUUGAAAUAGUAUGUCAAACCCCUACUAAGGAGCUUGAAGUGUUCAUGCUCCAAGAAAAUGCACCCAUCCCGGUUGCUAACUAAUCUUCAUCAAUAAAUAUGCGUAGCAAUUUUUGGUGUGCUUAUAUAAGUUACAUCAAAAUAUAUAUGAAGUUAUAUAUAUUACUACGUAUGUAUUAUGUACUAGUGAAAAUAACAAGUCUUGGAUGACUUGAUUUAUCUACUAGUACUACUGUGUAAUACUUAAUAUUACCUAAAUAAAACUGUUGUGGUUGGAUCUUAAUUGGAUCUA